AUGCCCGACGAAAUUCCCCUCUCCACCGUUAAGAGCCGCGCGAGCUCCACUGGAGCCCGCAAGGCAAACCAAUCCGCCGCGUCCUUCUCCGACUCGGGCGACCUUGAGAAGAAGCGCAGCAUCUUGCGCGCCGGCGGCCGCAGGAAGGCCCCCGAUGGCCCCAGCAGGGCCGGCACUGGGGAGGAGACCAAGUUGAAUGCUAUGGGCAGGCUCUACACCAGGAUUAUCAACUUCGCGCCUCCCCUCCGCUACCUAGUCUACAUCGUCCCUGUAGGCCUGGCCCUCGCCGUUCCGCUUAUUGUGCUACCCUUGACCGACAACAAGGAUGCCAUUCCCGUCGGUUCCAGGACCGACACAGUCGACGGUGACGAGAUUGCCUGGCUCACCCUCUGGGCCGGCAAGCUUGUCGCCUUUAUCCUUCCUGCUCUUUUCAUGUUCUUCUGCGGCGUUGUGAGCUCCGGAACUCGCAAGUACGCUACUGUCCUCCGAAACCUGGUUCUCCCUCUUUCCUUCUUCUUUUGGGCCCUCGCCUCAUGGCUCACUUUCCGCGGCCUCUUCAAGGAUGCUCUCAACAUCCCAAUUGACUGGUGCCGCAACUUUGAGCGUGUUCUCGGCGCCUCCUUCGUCUCGUCCGCCGUCUACCUCGCCGAGAAGGCCAUUGUCCAACUCAUCGGCAUCUCGUACCACCAGCGCUCUUUCGCGAAUCGUAUCCAUGACUCUAAGCACGAGAUUCGCCUUCUUGGCAUGCUCGGUUCCGCUACCCCCAUGCGCUUGAUCGGAGACGUCGGCCGCCUCGGAGACAAGGUCACCUCUGUUUUUGGCAAUAUUGCCUCGGAGAUUACGGGAAAGCAGGUGUUCAACCCCAACUCGGCCCACUCCAUUGUUGUGGAAGCCCUUGAGAAAGUAAAGUCUUCUGAGGCUCUCGGAAGGCGCAUUUGGAUGUCAUUUGCCGUCGAAGACCAGGAUAGCUUGAAGCUAGAGGAUCUUAUCGAGGUGCUCGGCCCCGAGCACAGGGAGAGGGCCGAGGAGGCCUUCAUCAUGGUGGACGGCGACGGAAACGGCGACAUCAGCCUCGAGGAGAUGGUGCGCAAGGUGACCGAGAUUGGCAAAGAACGAAAGGCGAUUAGCGAGGGCAUGAAGGAUAUCGGCCAGGCCCUCCAGGUAUUCGACAAGGUUCUCCUUUUCGUCGUCCUUUUGAUUGUCGUUUUUAUCUUCCUCGCCUUCUUCCAGUCGAGCUUCAUUACCACCCUAGCCACGGCCGGUACCGCGCUCCUCUCUCUGUCCUUCGUCUUUGCAGUGACUACCCAAGAAUUCCUUGGCUCGUGCAUCUUCUUGUUCGUCAAGCAUCCCUAUGAUGUGGGUGACAGGGUCGAUAUCGCCGCCAACGGCGAGAAGCUGGCCCUCCAGGUCGAGAAGAUUUCCCUCUUGUACACGGUUUUUGUCCGUAUCGACAGGAUGCAAAUUGUCCAAACCCCCAACAUCCAGCUCAACAACAUGUGGAUCGAAAAUGUCUCUCGAAGCAAGGCCAUGAAGGAGUGUGUCGAUGUCAACAUCUCUUACGACACAACGUUUGAUGAUGUGGAGCUGCUGCGCAUGGAAAUGGAAAAGUUUGUCCGCCACCCCGACAACUCGCGCGACUUCCAGCCCGAUUUCAGCAUUGGUGUCGGCAGCGUCGGCGACCUCGACAAGCUCAACCUCAAGAUUGUCAUCAAGCACAAGUCCAACUGGCAUAACGAUGGUGUACGCGCGACGCGCCGUUCCAAGUUCAUCUGCGCUCUCGCAGCUGCUCUCAAGAAGGUGCCCAUCUACGGUCCCGGUGGUGGUAACGAGGCCCUUGGAAGUGUGGGUAACCCUUCGUACUCGGUGACGGUGACGGAUGAACACGCCGCGAAGAACCGCCAGGAUGCUAGCGAUACCAAGGAGUCUAAGCGUAUGGUUGCCACCAACAUCCCUGACCCGCUCUCUACUGCUGAGGCUCUCAAUGCCCCGCCCGGUGGCGACGAUUGGUUCAACCGCGACGACAACAAGACGAUCAAUCCUCCCGAGCACACCCGUGUGUCACUCGACCGCGGCGAUUCGACGGAUUACAUGAAGCGCAAUGAGAGCCACAAGGGCUUGAGGAAGGCGGGCGAGAGCCUGUCCACUGGCUCGGUGCACUCGAGGACUGGUGCGCCGCCGAUGAGCAUCAACACGGCCAUGGAACAUCCCAUCGGCAGGACCACUUCGCGCCGAACGUACGACGAGGAAGCGCAGCUCGGGUCGCCCCGAUCGCCCCGGUCCCCUCUCCAGCCUGGCGGCUUCGCGCAGUCGGCUGUGAUGGGUGGGAUGAUGCAGUCGUCGGCUUCGGGAUACUCGGUCUACCCGAUGGGCAGCGUCCAAGAGGUUCCGACCCCGGGUGUCCACCCCUCCAGUCGAACCACACCGCCCUAA